UAUAUAUAUAUAUAUAUAUAUAUAUAUAUAUAUAUAUAUACACAUUACAUACAUAGAUACUAAGUAGAUAGUUUUCCGCGAUUGUUUGCCAGGAUUUUUCUCUCUGUUAAAUUACAGCUGCCGUUUUUCCUUUUGCAUCAGUAAAUCUGUGGUCGAUUUCUGUGGUCUAUUCAAGAAACGCGCACUUAUCCCAGCUAUGUACACCUGGAUUGAUUUAGCUCCACCUUCUAAUCCUGGCUCUGGCUGAUGCCAAAAAACAUCAAGAUUCCAUGGAUGUCAAGUCUUCCCUUAAUUUCACAUGUAGCCUGUGAUUAAUAUUAUUUUGAGUUUUUUUAUGUCAUAGGAAUUGAAUGUAUUGUAAAUCAUUUAGGUCUUUUUGUACACAUGACAUCCCUUGUAGUCCGUCCCAGGAGAGGGAUCCCAUCCUCUGCUGUUCUCCCUGAGUUUUUUUUUUUUUUUCCCCAUCAGUGUUGUUCUUAUUUUUUGAGGGAGCGUGCCGAUGUGAGGAUUUCUGGACAGAGGAUGUUGCAUGUGUACAGACUGUAAAGCCCUCUGAGACAAAUUUGUAAUUUGCAAAUUUAGGCUACACAAAAUAAAAUGAAUUAAAAAGAAAGGGCUCGUCCGGGAUUUGAACCCGGGACCUCUCGCACCCUAAGCGAGAAUCAUACCCCUAGACCAACGAGCCCUGGAAUUUGGCCUUUGCAUACAGAAACAAAAAAUCAAUUUGUGCUGUGCUGAUGUGGCAUUUUGCUAAGACACAUCUUAUCAGGUCAUUGAGCUCCCUCUGCUGGUCAAUUCUUCAUUUACCGUCAGCACUUCGCGUUGGAGCGGUGCCUCGCAUCCGAAGUUAUCAUCUGUAAAUUGUCAUAACAAUGAGGUACGUAGCUCAUAUAUAUGAGCCGGCCUCACUCAAACACACUUCAAUCACAUAUUUGGGAGUUUGAUAGGCCUGCUUGCUGUCCCCAAUUUUUUGUAUUAUUUGUCUUGCUGUUUACAUUGUUUUCCAUCAGCCUGUGUACUCAAACAAUAGCAUAAUACAUAUCAAUGCAUACAUUAACUUUCUUUUCUUCUGAAGUAAAAUUUCUCCAAUUGUAUGUCAAGUUGUGUGGGUUUUAUUAAAUUAAAUAAUUUUUCUCUAAUGACCUCAGUGGGCCGUGUUGUAACUCUGCUGUAACAUAUCUUUUGAAACCACUCAGAAAAAUGUUGACAUUUUUACAUUUGCAUUUACUUUGGACUAAAAUCUGCAAUUAGGUGUGAAAUUAGAUUACAAACCAUAUUGUCCAUGUUGUUAGCUAAGAGUUGGGACAUGUGUAGGCUUACUGUAAUCACUGACUUUGUAGUAGUAAACACACUUGAUAAUGUGGGUAAACAUGCACACGGUCUGUUGCUUCCUGAUUAAAUCAAGUGUUUUAAUCAGAUUUGACUGUACAACAUUAGUGUUAAAACAUCACUGUCCUAUUUCAAAGACUUACCUCAUCAUACUUUGAGAACACAUUUCUUAGAAAAUUAUUAGAAUACUUUGGUGUCACAUGGAUUGUGAUGCUACCUCGAUCCUCCAAUUUAAGUAAAAACUACACGUGAAACAUAUUAUUUAAUUGCAUAAUCUGUUUUUUUCUUUUUUCUUUAUAUUCAUUAUAAUAAGUAGAUUUAGAAAUGUUUAUAUGUAUUUAGUUUGCUUAUACUUAUCUUUUUAUGUAUCCUCUGCAGUUGCAUGUUACAUUGAAUAUUUGUAUUUUACCGUUUCUCACUGAAAAUUUGUGAAAUUAUAAAUGUUUAAAUUAAAACUGAAGUAAUAGUACAAAAGUUCAUUCAACAUUUAAUUUUGGGCCUAUUCUGAUGCCGCCGAUUCAUUUGUUUGGAUGUAACAUCACAAUGUGAAAUUCCGCACUAAAUGUAUCAUCUUAGUUUGCGUCCAUUUCUGUCAGUCACAACCAGAGUUUGUGCUUUUUUGUCUGUGAUCAACAUUAAUGCUGUCAAACUGCUAGUAAAUUACUUUUGAGAAAUUCCGUGCUAACGUGUGCGAAUAUGAUGAAUUUCAUUUUCAAACCUUCUUGGCUGCAGAGGCAUUUUUCACCACCUUCUUUGGGCUCUUGGCUACCUUCUUGUCAGCUGCAGGUUUCUUGGCAUUCUUCGGUAACUUUGUGGCAGCUACAACUGCAACAUUAUGAUUAACCUUAAUGUUUAUUCAUGAUUUUAUUUAUUGAUUUAAUGAAAUGUUCUGUUUCGCAUUUUGUGUAUGUAUGAUUGCGCAUGAUUUAUCUUCUGAGCUUCUGAUCUAUACAUUCAUCACAAUCAAUCUAUUAUCUAAUCAUGUUGGUGAGUAGAAGCAUAAGAAAACAGUCUUUAAAACAGUUUACCUUGUUGAUAAAAAUGCUUCCGGUUUGAGGUUUAUUUAUUGAGGAAUAAGCUGCAGUGGUGUCUAGUAGCCUUCUAACAUGCGAGAUACAUUAAUAGUUUGAGGACAUGCUAAACUAAUCUCUAUUAGACAACUUUAGGUGUGUCUGAUUUAAAACAGUUUCAUGCUUCAGCUGCAGUAGUGUCCUUUCUACAUGAUACAAUAGUAGGUUGUGAGGUGAUUCUGAAGUUGUGUGACUUUAUCAGGAUAACCUUAAUAAAUAGGACCACAUAAUAGACAAUGUAUGAGGAUAACGGCUCUCUACAGAUGUGUGGGUGCCUCUUGAAAGAGCCUUUGUGGUAGAUGGAGGCCUCCAUCACUACUUGGACUUUGCAUUCGCUCGGGCCUUUCCACAGGUUUAACCUCUGCCGCUCGACUGUUUCAGUGAAGGAAGUGUCUCUGAACGCGUCAAACCCUGCUUUAUAUGUCCGCGGAGCGGGCGGGACGGUUCCUGACACGCGCACCAACCAGAGAAGAGGCUCAAGGCGCGAAGACAGAGGGCGCGAGCUCACAGUUUUUGGCGGAAAGUUUGAAAUCGUUUUCCGCCAAUGAGCAGCGAAGACUCCCUUGUAGAGUCGCGGCUGAGCUCCAGGAGGAGUCCUCCACCAAUCAGGGGCCGGAGGUCUGAAUCAGCGUCACCGCUCCUCAGCCGGUCCACAAUUUAAGAGCCGCGUGUCUCCUCUGAAAGUUCACUUCUCUUGACCAGAGCGAGACGAGUCUAUCAUGGCACGAACCAAGCAGACCGCCCGUAAGUCCACCGGAGGCAAAGCCCCCAGGAAGCAGCUGGCCACCAAGGCUGCCCGUAAGAGCGCCCCUGCCACCGGUGGCGUGAAGAAGCCUCACCGUUACAGGCCCGGUACCGUGGCUCUGAGAGAGAUCCGUCGCUACCAGAAGUCCACGGAGCUGCUGAUCCGCAAGCUGCCCUUCCAGCGUCUGGUGAGAGAAAUCGCUCAGGACUUUAAGACCGACCUGCGCUUCCAGAGCUCCGCCGUUAUGGCUCUGCAGGAGUCCAGCGAGGCUUACCUGGUGGGCCUGUUCGAGGACACCAACCUGUGCGCCAUCCACGCCAAGAGGGUCACCAUCAUGCCCAAAGACAUCCAGCUGGCCCGUCGCAUCCGCGGGGAACGAGCUUAAACACCCUGAUUCUACUCUCAACAACGGCUCUUUUAAGAGCCACCUCUCUACCUCUGAAGGCUACUUCCUGGUGCUUAUGUAUAACCCUUUUAUUUUUCGUUUUGAAUUAAUUCUAUUU